CGUCGUCUCGUCGCCGUGGCCGCAAAAUCCUCCGACCUAGCUCGCGCCACCGCAAAACCAAACCGGAAAAAAAAAAUGCCGUCCCCGUCUCUCCUUCUCCGCGCUCUGCCUCUCUGCCCCUCCCCCUCCAACUCCCACUCCCCGCGCCGCUUCGCUCCUUCCCCCCUCACCACCUCGUCCCCAGCCGACCGCCUUCGUCCUCUGCGCCUGACCCCCGCCGCGUCCCGCCACACGCCUCGCACCAGCGUCCGCGCUGUGGUGGACGGCGGCGACCUCAUCCCGAUCGCGCGCUGCUACGAGGGCCGCCUCGCGCGGCUCGAGCUCGCCGGCGCCGCGCGCCGGGAACAGGCGGUCGCGGCGGCGGCCGCGGCAGACGGAGGGGCCAGGGCGGAGGCGUACCUCGCUGCCGGCUCCGACGCCAUGGUCGUCGAGGCUUUCCUCCCCGGGUCCCAUGGCGGCGGGACGACCGCAUCCUCCACGCGAGUGAUUUUGCAAGCGAGGGAAGUUAAAGAUAAGGCCAGCAAGAUAGAGAAACAAUUCGGAUAUGAUUUUUUCUUUGCAAAUGAGUCUGAUUCAGAGAGUAUGUUGGCUAUGGCCUUUAAGCAAGUUGUAAUUCAGCGGCUCUCAAACUUUCGUCUUGAGGUCUUCUCCCCAGGUUCAGUGAGACACUUCCAAGAUUUUGGCAAACCCCAAAAGGGGUCUUUGGAUUGUAGUAUCAGCUCAUCAAAUGGAAAGCUUCUGUCUUCUCUCGCUGAAGCCAUUUUCUACUGUGUCAUUGAGGAUGCCAGAAAAAAUCACCUUGGGGGCGUAGGCAGUUUGUUUCAGAAGCGACAGCUCGACUACUCAAUGGAUUCCUCGGUUUGUAUACACAGAAUUUCUGAGGCAGAAGUAGUGAAAAAUGCUAAGAGGUGUCUGGAGACCAUUAGUCUAAUUAAGUCUUCUCACAAAGUACACGAAACAAAGAAUGGAUGGUGGCCACCUCCACAUUAUGAAACUUUGGUGAAGAUUGGGGGUCCUGAGUUAGUGCUUUGGGCCAAUGAGUACAUUCCUACCUAUAAGCUGCAAAUUAAUGCCAACGCAUUGGAGAAUUCUAACCAUGAAGGUCUUUUCGAGUUAGAAAGUAAUAGGUGGGAAGUUCUCUUAUCCCACUCCCAACUGGUGGAACUAGGGAACAUUCUAGACAUGUACUUUGAAGAUCAAUUCACAUUACCAGGCAAAACAUUCCAUCCUCAUUGGAAUUCAGAUCCGUCAAAGAUUAAAAAGAACAAUGGCUAUUUGAACAAUCUUUUCACUUUCUUGGCUGGGAGCUGUAUUUUUCUUUUUGUCACUGGCUUUGCUCGGUUAUGCUGGCCUCGAUCUUUUAGAGACAAAAUGCUAUUCAAUGAAAUUUCAAAUGUCUCAUCAUCUCAGAACUAUUGUUCUGAUAUAAAGUCUCUUGAUAACAGUGAGAUACAAGCUUAUUGCACGUCUCUUGUUAAGAAAAUGAAAGACUCAUAUGGCUGCCCUGGUGAGGUAAUGGUUGAUGCACACAUUGGAGCUUGGGUUGGAGAACUGCCUAAUUGCUUCAAGGAAAUCAAUAGCGAGGAUACUGCUGCUUCUGGCUAUUUUCAGCAUCCUGACACCCUUAGCCAAGAAAAUCAAUCCCAGUCUGUGCCAAUUAAUAUUAAGAUGUCCAAUUUGGAUCAAAAUGAUAGAACCCAGGAAACUCUGCAGAAUAUUGCUAGUUUUCAGGUGGUCAUAUCGGUAGAAGGUAAAGUAGUGGGAUUUCAGCCAACUAACCGCCCAGCUGUGAACCAUUGGGCAACAAACCCACUAGCAACACUUCUGUAUCAGGGGCGGUCACUUUCUCCAGGUAUUCUAGAACCAAGGCUUAAAAUUUCUCGUCCAGCUAAGGUUGCCCCGAUCGAAUUAUUGAUGUCAGUAAAUGAAGAUUCCUUUUUUGCUUUGGCAAGGCCUGUUCAAGACCCAUGGUAGCCGAGGUGCUAUAUCACAUUUUAUUUCUCCUCUUCUUGCUUUAUAUCGAGCUGUUUCCUUUCCUAAAUCUGAUUUCUAUUAAUUAACGUUACUCCCUACUAAUGCAAAAUCUUUUAGUUGUCAACUUCUCAUAGAUUUUACAGUUUUACUCUGUAUGAUACUUGUCUUUUGUGAUCCCUUGAUCUUAGUUUGCCUAUUAUCAUAUUAUGUUGCCUUCUAUAUAGAAUCGACAUGCUUUGCUGUUAGAUGAUGUUAUGCGGCAUUCCUUAGUUCUGCAUAAUGUUAUUGAUCAAUCACACUUUGGAAGUACAUAGAGAAGUAUUGUUAAAAACACAUUUGAUGAUCGUUGCCUCUACUGAUGGUUCCAUGUAUGGUUGUGAACUAGUCUACUAAUAUAUUUUCCCCUUAAUUUCAAGCACUAGGCAUUUAAAUGGGGAAAAAAAUCAACAGAUUUAUCUACAGACUACAGCAGGUCAGCAGUCGUAGACAUUUUCUUUUCCAUGAUGCUCUAGCAUCUUGAAACUUAGUGAAGUUUCUGUAUUGGUACUACAAUAAUAGAUCCAUCAUUCAGAAAAGUAAAUCCUUUUACUGCUCUUCCUCACUCAAAGAUUAAGUAAUAUGAUGUCAAGGUCUGCCUAAAUAACACUGAAUUAGUAUGCAUAUGGAAUCUUAACACUUGUGUGAACACUGCGUAUAUGUUUUGUCUAAUACUUUCGAAAUGGAUUUUGUAAGACAAGGGCUUAAAGUUUCUCGUCCAGCUAAGAUUGUUCUGCUUGAACUAUUGAUGUCUCUAAAUCCAGAUUAUUUUUUAGUUUUGGUGAGACCAAUUCAAGGCUCACGCUAGCAGAGGUUCUCUAUCAUAUUUUGCCUCUCCUUCAUUCGCUAUCUGUCUAGCUAUUAUUUUCCUACUUUUCCCACUAUUUUCACUAUUAGUGCUACAUAUACAAAAGACUGAUGUCACCCAAUUUAAUUUGUCGUAUCCUGUUGCCUCUAUACUUUGCAGAUGCAUGAACUUUUCGAAUAGAACCCUAAGAUGAACUUAUUACCGAUUCAAGGAAUGGUAUGAAUUAAUAUGAUUAAGGAGUUAACACUAAUUUAUAAACAAUUAGACUUCCCCAAAAGCUGCUUUUGGGCUUGUGCCCUCCUAGGAUGCACAUGAAACAAGUGCACGGUUGACAACUUGAGCAGCUUUAACUGACAUUUGGUACUGAAAAACUAUUACUUAUGUGCUGUCGCUGCACAAGGAGUCAAGGACCCUUCACUCAUGGAGUCCCUGUUGGUGAUUCAAGAAUGGGGUUCAGCUUUAACAGCCAUAUGGAAAUGCAUAUGGGUUCAUGGGAUUAAUGGAUUUUGUGCAUACGGAAGUCUCAGUAGUCUGCAAUAUUCAGCUCCUUGAGCUCCGAUUACAUAGAUAUCUAGCAACAUCAUUAUCUGACCACAUGGUAAAGAUUUGGAAUGUCGAUCAACGGCUUCAUUGCUUCAAGUUGGAAAUAAUUUUAGUCGGUCAUCAUUAUUGGGAUCUGGGACCGUGUUUCUCACUUCUCAGUAGACUGCUCAUUUGAUAAGUGCUUCCUAUGAUUGUACUGCAAGAUUGUGAACAAUUCCAAAGUGCCAGGACCAAGCCGGCUAAGACAGCCAGGAAGAGGAUGUCUGAAGGUUAUCCGACAAUAGGCGUGGGCGGUUCGGCAAGUGGCUGAUGGGCCAGCGUUUGUAAUCCUAGAUGAUUAGUUUGAUGCUUUGGGCUUUAGUAGCAUGGGCCGGUGUAAGUCGGUGGCUGGGCGAUCUGGUAUCGAAUAACUCAAUCCUGAACUCUGGACUCCUCAUUCUUCUGAACUAUCCUGUUGUUGUUCUUGCUUCCGCCACAAAUCCUCUGCUGUUUUCUACCCCAAACUCCAUUCCAAUCCACCAGAACGUGACACAAAAGUGUGAGAAUAAAUAAAUAGUGAUAGCAGGGCCUGAACAUGAUUUAGGGAAAUGAAUGCAGUUAUUAAGAGGAAAAA